AUGCCUCAGCACUUCACCGCUGUGAACCCGGCUACCAGGGGCAGCAUCAGGACAUUGACUGAGGUUGAGCAAAGUGAUAUAGGUCGACCAGGCAAAUUGGCAACACGCAGCCGCGCAUCGCGGCCCCCCCAGUUCCGCGGCUCCCGGCGCUCCGGCCGCCCAGCGACUCGCGAACUUACUGCAGUGCGAUGCGGGCGGAGGGAGCGCUCGGCCCCGGGAUGCGAGAGAGCCCGGCGCCCUGGGCAGCGGCGGGACCGGCCAUCCAGCCGGGCCACCGCCAGCCACGGCGGCGACACCGCCGCCCUCAGCCCCCCGCCCCGCCCCGCCGCCGGCUGCCGCAGCCCAGCGCGCCCGGCCCGGCCCCGCGGGGUCACCGCCGCCCUCGGCCCCGCUUCUCGCCGCCCUCCGCGGCACAGCGCGGAGCCGGCAGCCGCCCUCCCUCCUCUCGGGAACGGGCAGGCGCCUCCGGGCGGCGCGGUUUUAAGCGGCGGUGCGCCAGCACAUCUCCCACCCCCUUCCCGGCCGGGCGGCAGGGGGAGGGGAGAAGCGACACACACACACACUCACACACAUACACACACAUACAUACAUACACACACACGCAGAGACACCCCCUCCGCAGCCCCUCCCGCCCCCGCGCAGCUGCCGUACCUGUUGUCCAGCGCCCGCAUCCCCCGGGCGCCGCCCGCCGACUGCGCGCCCGCUCCGCGCCGGAGCAGCGGUGCGGCAAGACCCGCGCAGCGCUCCGCAAAGCUCCGCUCCCCUUUCUCAGCCCGCUGCCCCGCGCCGAGAGGCGCUAAGCCCGUGCAACACUUACCCAAAGUUUACAGGCUCUCCCCGCCGGUGGCGACCGCCCAGGGCUGCCGGUCGCCCUCCCCGCUGAGCUGGCGGGGCUGUGGCAGCGGGCACGGAGGGCUGAGCGCGGCCCGCCCGCUCCCACCUGCCCGGCCGGAGCUGCCGCGGGGAAAGACGCCGGGAAAAGGCGGCGGCCGCGGAGCGGCUCCCACGCAGGUGCGCGGGCACUGCGCCGCCAGAGCCCGCGGCUCAGGGAGCCGGGAGAGACUGCGCCCUCCUGCCACAGCACCGUCCGGUCCUCGGCAGCGCCGUGCCCCGGCAAGGCCGGCCCUGUGCCCGGCCCGGCAGCCGCCUCAGCAGUAG